AUGAGAACAAGCACUAAGACACCUCUCCCAGACAGGCCACCAGCAACAUUCAGAGGCCUCCAGGGCCCUCUCCUGGAGAAACCAAUCUCACUGCCCCCCGCCAUUAAGGCGGAAAAGGGGGGUUCCUCUGUCUGGAAUGCUCAAGAGCAAAGGCCAAGCCCCUCGUUACCCAGCUUAGAGCUCCAACCACAUGUGGGGUCCAGCCAUGCAGCAACCAUUCAGAAGCCUCUAAGGACUGUCCACAGCACCUUGGACACACCCCACAGCCUUGAGAGCCUCAAGAAGAACACACGGCACCUCAAGUCAGAAACAUGCAGUACCUCCACCCUGUCGAGCAGCGGCUACGCAGCCGAUGAGGAGAGCAGCAAGGCCAGCCUGGUGAGCAGCAAGCAGGCGGUGAGGCUGACAAAGCGGCUCACCCCUCAGGUGGACAGCACCCAGAGCAGUGAGCUGCUCCUCGCCUCCUCACCCAGGGCGUUAAAGAUCCGAAGGCGGAACAGUCGAGGCCAGGGCACCCAGCAGGCUGGAGGGGAAAAGUGA